AUGGCUAACCACAGUAUUGUCUUUGGCAGGCAACAGCAGAAGUUUGGUCCACAGAGCCCCCCCUCCCUUGCCGGAUGUCCUGCAAACCACAAAACACUUACAACGCCAUGCACGGUUGGCGAUUCAUUUCCACAUCCGUCUGGAGAUUGCAACAAAUACAAAGUUUGUGCGAGUGGUUCUCUACUAGACCAGAAUUGUAACACCGGUCUAAACUUUGAUCCUAAUACCCAUGGCUGCGUUUGGCCCUGGGAGUACGCUUGCCCUGCGACUACCACUACAACUACUACCACGGCACCGUAUACAGGGACAGGUAGCACCACUUCUCGGACAGUUACUCCUACUACACCAGGAGUCACGUCCACAACAACGUGCACACAUGGACAGAACUACGUGCAUCCGUCCGGAAACUGUACCCUAUAUCUUACAUGCUCGAAUGGUAUACUUUUAGAAAUGAUAUGUGCAGCAGGUCUGAACUUCAGUCCAGAUGACGAUACCUGCGUUUGGUCUUACCAGUACGCCUGUCCUUCCACUACUACUACUGCCAUUACCACGGCUGGAUCAUAUACUGGGAAGAAAAGUACUGGAUCGCUUGCAACAACAGCCGAAUCACCAACAACCACAAUUAAAGCAUCAACAAUCGCAAGUGAACUUCCAACAACCUCAACAGAAUCACAAGCAACCUCAACUGAAUCGCCAACAACUAUAACUAAAUCACCAACAACCACAACUGAAUCACCAACAACCUCAACAGAAUCACAAGCAACCUCAACUAAAUCACCAACAACCACAACUGAAUCACCAACAACCACAUCUGAAUCACCAACAACCACAACUGAAUCACCAACAACCACCACAUCUGAAUCACCAACAGCCACAACUGAAUCACCAACAACCUCAACUAAAUCACCAACAACCACAACUGAAUCACCAACAACCACAUCUGAAUCACCAACAACCACAACUGAAUCACGAACAACCACAGCUGAAUCACCAACAACCUCAAAAGAAUCACAAGCAAUCCCAACUGAAUCGCCAACAACUACAACUAAAUCACCAACAACCACAACUGAAUCACCAACAACCACAACUGAAGUAACAACAACCACAUUUGAAUUACCAGCAACCUCAACUGAAACACCAAUAACCACUACAGAAUCACCAGGAACCUCAACAGAAUCACCAACAACUACAACUAAGUCACCAACAACCACAACUGAAUCACCAACAACCACAACUGAAGUACCACCAACCACAACUGAUUCACCAACAACCACAAAUGAAUUAUUUAAAACCACAGCUGGAUCACCAACAACCACUACUAAAUCACCAACAACUACUGCUAAAUCACCAACAACCAUAUCUGAAUUACAAACAACUUCAAUGGCCCUUCAAACUACCCCAGGAGUCACGUCGACAACAACAUGUACAAGCGGACAAUACUACGCGCAUCCGUCCGGAGAUUGUAACCGAUACCUUUCUUGUGCCAACGGUAUACUUUUUGAACAGUCCUGUGGGGCAGGCCUCAUUUUCCGUCCAGCUGACGGAAGUUGCGUUUGGCCUAGCGAUUACGCCUGCCCCACGACCACCACUACAACCACUACCACAGCACCGUAUACAGGGACAGGUAGCACCACUCUUCUGACAGUUAUUCCUACUACACCAGGAGUCACGCCCACAACAACAUGCACACAUGGACAGAACUACGUACAUCCGUCCGGAGACUGCACCAUUUAUCUUAGAUGCUCGAACGGUAUGCUUGUAGAAACGUCAUGUGCUUCAGGUCUCAUCUUCAGUCCACAUGACAAUACCUGUGUUUGGCCCUGGCAGUACACUUGUCCUACGACCACCACUACAACCACUACUACUGCACCGUAUACAGGGACAGGUAGCACCACUCCUCGGACAGUUACUCCUACUACCCCAGGAGUCACGUCCACAACAACAUGUACAGAUGGACAAUACUACGUGCAUCCGUCCGGAGAUUGUAACCGAUAUCUUUCAUGUGCAAACGGCAUACUUUUAGAACAGUCCUGUGGGGCUGGCCUGUUUUUCCGUCCAGAUGAUAAUAGCUGCGUUUGGCCUAGCGAUUACACUUGCCCUACCACCACCACCACAACCACUACUGCGGCGCCGUAUACAGGGACAGGUAGCACCACUCCUCGGACAGUUACGCCUACUACACCAGGAGUCACGUCGACAACGACAUGUACACAUGGCCAGAACUACGUGCACCCGACCGGAGACUGUACCAUAUAUCUUAGAUGCUCGAACGGUAUGCUGGUAGAAACGCCAUGUUCUGCAGGUCUCAAUUUUAGUCCAGUUAACAGUACCUGCGUUUGGCCCUGGCAAUACGCCUGUCCUUCCCCUACUACUGACAUUACCACGGCCGGAUCAUACACAGGGAGUACUGGAUCACAAGCGAACACAACUGAAUCACUAAUUCCAACUGAAUCACCAGCAACUACAACUGCAUCACCGACAACCACAACUGAGUCACCAACAACUACAACUGCAUCACCGNCUACAACUGAAUCACCAACAACCAAAAAUGAAUCACCAACAACCACAACUGAAUCACCAACAACUACAACUGAAUCACCAACAACCACAACUGAUUCACCAUCAACCACAAAUAAAUCUCCAAGAACCACUACUAAUUCACCAACUACCACUACUGAAUCACCAACAACCAAAACUGAAUCACCAUCAACAACAACUGAUUCACCAAGAACUACAAAUGAAUCACCAACAACCAAAACCGAAUCACCAACAACCACAACUGAAUCACCAACAAGCUCAACCGAACCAAGAGCAACAACAACUGAAUCACCAACAACUUCACCUGAAUCACCAACAACCACAACAGAAUUACCAACAAGCUCAACCGAAUCACCAGCACCAACAACUGAAUCACCAACGACCGCCACUGAAUCACCAAAAACUGCAACUGAAUCUCCAACAAUCACAACUGAAUCACCAACAACCUCAAUGAAAUUACUGACAACUACAACCAAAUCACCAGCAACAACAACUGAAUCACCAACAACCUCAACUGAAUCACCAACAACCACAACACAAUUACCAACAAGCUCACCCGAAUCACAUGCACCAACAACCACAACUGAAUCACCAACAAGCUCAACCGAAUCACCAGUAACAACAACUGAAUCACAAACAGCCACCACUGAAUCACCAACAACUACAACUGGAUCACCAACAACUACAACUGAAUCACCACAAACAACAACCGAAUCACCAACAACUACAACUGAACCAACAACCACAACUGAAUCACUAACAACCAAAACCGAAUCACCAACAACCACAACUGAAUCACCAACAACCACCACUGAAUCACCAACAACUACAACUGAAUCAUCAACAACUACGCCUGAAUCUCCAACAUCCACAACUGAAUCACCCACAACUGAAUCACCAACUACCACUUCUGAAUCACCAACAACCAAAACUGAAUCAUUAACAACUACAAAUGCAUCACCAACAACCACAACUGAAUCACCAACAAGCUCAACCGAAUCACCAGCAACAACAACUGAAUCACCAACUACCUCAACUGAAUCACCAAGAACUACAAAUGAAUCACCAACAACUACAACCAAAUCACCAACAAGCUCAACCAAAUCACCAGCGACAACAACUGAAUCACCAACAACCUCAACUGAAUCACCAACAACCACAACAGAAUUACCAACAAGCUCAACCGAAUCACCAGCACCAACAACCACAACUGAAUCGCCAACAACCUCAACCAAAUCACCAGAAACAACAACUGAAUCACCAACAACCUCAACUGAUUCACCAAGAACUACAAAUGAAUCACCAACAACUACAACCAAAUCACCAACAACUACAACUAAAUCACCAACAACCACAACUGAAUCACAAACAACCACAACUGAAUCAACAACAACCACAACGGAAUUGCCAACAACCACCACUGAAUCACCAACAACUACAACUGAAUCUCCAACAACCACAACUGAAUCACCCACAACUGAAUCACCAACUACCACUUCUAAAUCACCAACAACCAAAACUGAAUCACCAACAACUACAACUAAACCACCAACAAGCUCAACCGAAUCACCAGCAACAACAACUGAAUCACCAACAACCUCAACUGAAUCACCAAGAACUACAAAUGAAUCACCAACAACCACAACAGAAUUUCCAACAAAUUACAAUGAGUGCCAAACUGCUGACACCAAUGACUGCUCAACAUUGGGGUCAUGCAUCAAUACAUUUGGUUCUUACCAAUGUCAGUGCAGUGAGGGAUUUAGAGAUGACAAUGUCACAUCACCAGGAAGAAAAUGUACAGAAAUUUGUGAAAGCACCAGCUGCAGCAACAAUGGAAAAUGUCAAGAAAAUGGAGGGAACUUGUUGUCAUGCCAGUGCAAUGAGGGUUUUGUGGGAGACCAAUGUGACACUAAAGUCCUGAUCCACUGGGAGAUUCUAUUGAUAGCAGGAUGCAGUAGCCUAGCAGUUCUUUGCGUCGUCAUCCUGAUAGCAGUGUUUGCAGAGCGCAGUCGGAUGUCAGAGAAUCAGUCUUGCUUGUCCAGUACUGAAUUCAGCGCAUAUGACCAGGAAAGUGUUUCUGUGUCUACAAGCAGUUUUCAUCCAAGUAGUAAUGACAAAACAUCUGUUGCAAGCCAAUUACCCAUCAUGCGCAGUAUUCAUUCCCCCAAAACUCGCCUAACUCCACAACAGAAGAAAUACAUCAAAACUUUUCCAACAAGAAUAAUAGAUAGGUUUAACUGGAAGGACAAGAAAUCUUCAGUGAAGAAAAAUAAAAUAUUUUCUUUCAUGAGAAAGGAAAAGAAAAUUAAUCCAAAGACUUUCAUUGGUAAUGGAGUGCCAGAUGCCCAUAGGGAAAUUAAUGGUACAUAUUACUAUGGCGCCGAAGAAGAGACCAUACCAGCAGCAUAUGACAGAAAUGACCUUAAGAAUGGCAGACAGAAGUCUGUGUUAAGCAAUGGCAAUAUGUUCCCCUUAAGAGAAUCACCCCUUUCAAAUGGCAGUCCAUUUGUUCAACAACAAUAUCAAAACAGAGGGCAAAGUCCAGGAGGUGCCACAGCAUCUUACUACAUUCCCGAGUCAAUACCUUAUCCAGUCAGUGCGAGAAAACGCAAUAAAGUUGGACAAAGUCCACCAACAAUGCCUCAAGAUUUGAUAGACAUUCAAGAAGCACCUGUAUCAAGAACAAGGCCAAUAUCUCCAAGGAAAUAUAACAAAGGUCCUAAAGCACAUUUUGCUGUAACCAGUUUUGAAGAUUCGUCUGUGUCGAGAGACGGCCAAACUUAUGUGAAAAGGCUUAUAAGUGACAGAAAGGGCCCAUCAAUGAAUGAAAGAGACCCCUCUGUGUCAAGAUUGAGUCCCUCCAAUCUCAAAAGACAUGACAGGCUACAAGAUAGGGCACAAAACAGACAGACAGAAAGGAUUAGCAGCCCCACAGAGGAUGACGAGCCAAGAACAUUUACCCACAGAUACAAGGAAAACUGGAAAAAGAUGGGAAAACACAGUGGUUUUCAGGAAUUCGGUCAGGAUUCUGUAUCAGAAGUCCACAACACACCUAAACAGCCAAAAUCCCCUAGUAAUCUCAGCUCUACUCAAACCAACUUGGAAGCUUCAAUGAAUAACGGAACACCAUUUUCGUAUAUACCAUCCCUGGAAGACAGUGACUUUUUUCGCAGAAAAAGAAAGCAACAUUAUCAAAGUCACAAAAGGAAAAGAAGAAGUUCGGCGGAGAGAUCGCCAUUUCAAUCCCCCCCUGAAGAAUGGGUAAAAUACCACAGAGAAACAAUAAGCACAGGUGACAGCGAAAGUGGAAUUCAAUACUAAACAUUGGCAA